UGUGGACAGGCUGUGGCAACUGGAAGCGGCGAGACCCCUGGAUCUGCCCUGCAGGCUCUCUGCUCUGGGGCUGAAUCUGCCCUGCAGUCCUGUUCCUUCCAGUCCUGCUCCAGCUGUGCUGCCAACAAGUCCACAUCCGUGACUGUUGUGUGUUCAGGUGGUGUGAGGCUUGUAAAUGGACAGCACAACUGUACUGGAAACGCACAGAUCUUCCUUGACGGGACAUGGAUGUAUCUUUAUUUAUCAUUCUCCUACUAUUAUAUAUAUUGGUAUUCCAGCAAUUCUGUAUCAGCCAGACUGUGCAGUCAGCUGGGAUGUGGAAAUUUUUUGUCAUUGAGCUAUAACACCAUUGGAAGCACAAACAUUUUGGAAGCCCGAUGCACUGGAGGAGAAUCUGAUAUUAGAGAGUGCAUCCUUUAUUUUCAGCGUGGUGGUACCAGCAUUAGUACUCUGACGUGUUCAGGUUCUACCAUUUCAGCGACAACCCAACCCCAAACUACUGAAACAACAGCAUUCGUAAAGGACCUUGAGGCUCUACUCAACAACUCAAAUGGACAAGUAACAAAAGUGUUAAAUGACCUACUCAGUUACUUGUGGAACAGUACUAAUCUCUCAGAGGGGAAAGCAGAAACAUUUUUGAAUUUUGCAUUUGGGAAUUUCUAUAAUCGAUCAGAUAAUGUCACUGACAACAUUGAAUCAGCAAAUAUUCUCCUGGAGAUCUCUGAAACUAUAGCAUCUCUCUUGAUUGAACCAAACGCAACGUAUUCAAAUAAGACUUUGAAAACACAAUAUUUAGAGAUUAGAGUAACAGUGGGAUCGAACACCAGUCAAAUUCUUCCACUGGUGGCUAAUGGAAAUGAAAUGAAAAUGAAUUCCAGUAUUACGCAAAAUAACGGUUCAGUUUCAGCAACCUUAAUAUCAUAUGUUGAAAUGGAGAACAUCAUGACAGCCCGUUACUUCAAAAAAGAUAAUGGGGCUAAGAUGUUCUCAAGUGUUACAGAAGCAUUUUUGAAGCAAAUACCUGCCAUGGAACCCAUUAAUCUGACAGAACCCAUCAUUUUUCUACUAAAACACAAUCAGAUGAAACCACAAGAUGGGAAUGUGAUAUGUGUCUACUGGAAUGACACAGGAAUGGAGAAAUUCUGGUCUGAAUUGGGCUGCACAGCGACUUACACAGAUGAGAAUUACACCGAGUGCAGCUGCACUCAUCUGUCCAUUUUUGCCCUAAUUCUACAAGUGGACGAUAAUGAAACGAAUAAUGACCUGACAAUGAUGAGCAAAAUUUUUGAGAUAACAGGCCUGGUCUUCUUUGCCUUGGCAAUUAUCACCUUCGCUCUCACAAGUCAGACGUCAAAGGUCAACAACACAUCACGUCUUAAUCUCUGUAUCAGCCUUUUCCUGGCUCACCUCCUCUUCUUGACUGGGUCAGACAGAACGGAGAACCAGGUCAUCUGUUCAGUUAUUGCUGGGUCACUGCAUUUCCUCUUCCUGGCCAGUUUUGCAUGGAUGUUUUUAGAGGCAGUACAACUGGUUUUGCUGAUGAGGAAUCUGAGGAAAGUGGAGGUCCUUAGGAAACAAGGUCUACCCUAUGGAUACCUGCUAGUGUUUGGGUACUUGUUCCCUGCAAUUAUAGUGGCAAUAACAGCAGGUCUGUUCCCUGAGGGUUAUGGGGAUCAAAAUCAGGCCAAGACCCAGAGACAGGAGGCCAACUACAUUUCAUUUUUGAUGAUUAUUUGGCAUCUUUAUUUUGUUCUCGGUUUGAUUCAGCAAGACCUUUCUACCAUAAAGGAUGUCAGGAUACUAGUUUUGAAAAACUGUGUCCAGUUUGCCAUACUGGGCUGCAGUUGGGUGCUUGGUUUCUUCCCAGAAGUGAAAAUAUUUGCUGUCCUGUUCAUUGUGAUCAAUUCUCAGCAAGGGACCUUCAUCUUUCUUGUUUACUGCCUGUUCAACACACAGGUACGAGAACAGUACAAAAAGUGGUUUGGAUGCUUCUUUCAUAAAAAGAUAACUGAACGAACAGACACCCAAACUCAAAGUUUGUCCUGAACAAUGCAUGUCAUUGUAUUUUUAUAGAAGGAGACUGGACUAAGCCAAUAUUUUCAUUUUAC